CUGAUUCUAUUGCUGUUGCAUUCAAUCCCUGUAGUUCCACUUUAUGCAAAAUGGGGCUCGGUUCCUUGUCCAGGAAGCUAGCACUGCCUCUGCACUGAUGGAUGUCAGCUACAAGAUUCGUGACGAGGAGAGCCGAAAGAUACCUGUCUUUGUCAGCCCCUCCGCUGUUCCCUACUCUGUGCGGGAUAAGUUGAAGCCAGAAGAAAUGGAGCAGCUAAAGCUGACCUUGAGCAAACGAUUUGAUGUCUCCCAGCAAGCUCUCGACCUCCAGAGGCUCCGCCUUGACCCAGGUACGGCUGACAGCAGUAAUUCUAGGGCGGGUGAGGGCAGAGGGGUCUUCCUGGAGGGAGACUUAGGGAUGGUAACGUGGGGAGGGGCUGGUGCUGGCCCCACACCCCACUCAGCCAUCCUAUUCCCUCCCCUCUCCUUCCUGAAGACUUGGUGGGCUGUGAUAUUGAUAUAUUUCUGAAUCGA